AUGUUGGUAUCGUAUAUAAGCUUUCUGUUAACAUUCACUUACGCCACUGCUGUCGCUGUAGUACCACGAUGGGAACAUACACCAGCUGAACGAAUGAGACUUUUGGGUCCUUUGGCUUCUGUUGGUAGUCGUGUGGAGUUUCCAUGCAAAACAUUAGAACCAUCAGCACAAGUUCCAACAUCAGUUCAUGCUUUACGUGUUGCUGAUAUUCAAAUUGUCGCUGCUUUGGGUGACAGUUUAACUGCAGCCAAUGGUGCUAAGGCUUUUACAAUUGUCGGUGUUCUCAUUAAUUAUCGUGGUGUUUCAUAUUGCAUCGGUGGUGAUGGAAAUCUUGAUUCAGUUAUUACUUUACCAAAUAUCAUGCGUAGAUUCAAUUCCAAACUCAAUGGAUUCUCGACUGGUACUGGUGAUCACAAUUCAAAAACUGCUAAUUUUAAUGUUGCUAAAGCAGGUGCUGUUUCAAACGAUAUGCCAGCACAAGCUGAACUAUUAGUCAACAAAAUGAAAACUACCUUAGGUGCAAGAUUUGAUACAGAAUGGAAAUUAGUCACAUUCUUUAUUGGUGGUAAUGAUCUUUGCGAUUCUUGCAAAGCUAAUACAGUAUAUACUGCAUCAAACUUUGUCAAAAAUGUCAGACGAACACUCGAAAUAUUACGUGAUAACAUGCCACGUACUAUUGUUAACUACAUUACUGUUCUCAAUGUUGCUGAACUUGAAGAUUUACAUGAAGGUCUUGUUUGUCAAAAUAUGCAAUUAUUCUUAUGUGAUUGUGCUAUUAACAAAGACACACGUGAAAUAGUUCGUGCACAUAAUCUUGCAUAUCAAAAAGCAACUAAUGAAUUAUUGCAAGAUGAAAGUUGGUACAACAGCAAAGAUGAUUUUACAAUUGUUGUUCAACCAUAUAUGGAACAUAUGAAAGUUCCUUCAACACCUGCCGGUUUAGCUGACUUCUCAUAUUUUGCUCCAGAUUGUUUCCACUUCAGUCAAAAAGGUCAUGAAGCAGCUGCUAUUGAACUUUGGAAUAAUAUGAUGGAACCAGUUGGAAAAAAGACACAUUUAUGGAAUUUAGCAGAUACACUUCACUGUCCGCAUAAUGAUCAUGGAUUCAUCUAUACAAAUAAAAACAGCAACUAA